UUAUGCCUUGGGUGAAUUUGUCUUUUUACACGAUUCUUUCUCUACCAAAUGAAACACAUCGAGUUUAGUUUAGUUUAGUUUAGUUUAGGUCUGUAGCAACGAACAAAACAAUGGCAACAGUUUCAAAGAUAUCGUCACUGUUAUCAUCAUCCAAACCUAAACCUAAACUCAUUUUUCAUCAUAUCAAUUCUUUUCUUCUCUCUGCUUCAAAUCUCAGAUCCCUUAGCACCACCACCACCGGCGGCGGAGGAGGUAUGAAAACAACAAAGACGAAGAAAACAGAAGCAGCACUUGCAAAGGAAAAAAGACGAACUCGUUCCGAUAAACAACUUGACGAAGAUACAAUAGUUGAACUUUACAACAAUAAUUCGCAUCUUCAUAUUCCUGUUUUGCUUUCUGAAGUUUUGGAUGUCUUCUCAAAUUGUUCGUUAACUUCUUUUGUUGAUUGUACUCUUGGUGCUGCUGGUCACUCCACCAAUGUGAUUAGAGGUCAUCCAGAGUUGAAGUAUUUUGUUGGGAUGGAUGUGGACCCUGUGGCAAGUGACGUCGCUAAAUCACGCAUCAGUUCAGUUUUGGACGAUAGGAAGUCUAGUGUGAAAGUAUUUACAGUGUUAAGGAAUUUUAGACACGUCAAGUCUGUGCUUAGAGGAACGGGCGAGGAACACUUAGAGCCAUCGUCUGUUAAUGGCAUCUUGAUGGACCUGGGAAUGUCAUCUAUGCAGGUGGACGAUCCUCAAAGAGGAUUCAGUGUGCUUAAUGAUGGACCACUUGAUAUGCGCAUGGAUCCUCAGGCAAGCCUCAAAGCAGAAGACAUAUUAAAUUCUUGGCCAGAUUCUGAAGUGGGCCGUAUCCUAAGGGAUUAUGGGGAAGAAAGUAAUUGGCGUACUCUGCAGAAGAAAAUUGUCCAAGCCCGUUUACAAGGUGGAUUACAUUCCACCACUGAUUUGCUGGAUCUUAUUCGGCGUGUGACUCCUGCUGCAAUGAAAGGUGGACGACAAGGUUGGAUAAAAACAGCAACCCGUGUAUUUCAAGCAUUAAGAAUCACUGUCAACGAUGAACUGAAGACUCUUGAGGACUCCCUGUAUUCUUGUUUUGACUGCCUUGCACCUGGGGGCAGACUUGCUGUCAUAUCUUUUCACAGUUUGGAGGACAGAAUUGUGAAGCAGACAUUUCUUAAUAUAAUUAAAAGGAAUGAUGACAUUCCCCAAGGGGAGAGCUGCAAUAGUGAUCUUAGGAAGAUAAUUGAUGAAAUCAAAGAAAAAGAAGCAUGGAUAAAACAAGUACUGCAUGGAUCAGAUGGAAUAAUUCUCACAAAACGACCAAUCACGCCGUCGGAAGAAGAAGAGAGCUUGAACCGCCGAUGUAGAAGUGCAAAGCUCAGAGUUAUUCAGAAGCUUUGAAGAUAAAAGUUGAGAUUGCUGUUUGGAGUAGAGCUCUUAGAAAUCUAUGUAUUUAUAAAUUUGUUUGUACCUUCACUGUCCUAUAUAUUCAAAAUUUUCAUUAGUAGGAA